GCAACUUUGAAUUGCUCAUUCCCUCGUGCUCUCAAGUUCAAGCGCGAAAAGGCUCCUUCCCAUCGUUACGGCCCAGUGGUUCGUGCAGCUUCUGGCGAUUACUAUUCCACUCUCGGCGUUCCCAAGUCCGCUUCGAUUAAAGAUAUCAAAGCAGCAUAUAGGAAAUUAGCUCGCCAGGUAGCCAUUUCUUUCCACCUUACUAGCCUGUUUUGCUCAAUCGUCCAAUUUGAUUGUGUAGGUUUUUGGAAUAUCUUGUUUAUUUGACUGCGAUUACCUAUUAAUACUUCUUAGCUUCCUGGGGAACUAUGUGUUAGGAAGCAAUUUUUUAUUGGUUGUAGAGAAUCUGCUUUAAUAGAAUUGAAGAGAUGAAAGGGAGUGAAAUGUCUUGGAUGGUACGGAAAUUGAUUUUUCCCUACUUCCAGUUGCCCCUUCAAACAAUUGGUGGAGAAUGCUAGGGUUCUAGUUUUUAUGCAAUUGUUGCCUACCGAGUUCACAUUUGAGCUACACCCAAAAGAACUGUUAAUAAGGUGCAUAACGUGCUUAGAGUCUAGAGAGGUUGUAGAUCCUCAUCUAUAACUCCAUCAAGUAAAAAAUCUGUCAAAAUAGUUCGAAAUCACGGGUUACUUGCAUCACUGAUCUUUUGAAAUAUUUCUCUUUGCUUAGUGAUGUCUUCCUGUUAAAUUAACGGAGUUUGUGGAGGAAACUUCACUUAGGGGCCCUCUCGUGCAGCAUGCGUAAGCAAGUGGAGUACCUUUUUGGGUUACUUAUGCAUGGGCAAUUCUUGCCAAUCUAUAUUAAUUUCGGUAACUUGAUUUAUGAUGUGGCUGGAUCCUGUUAAAGUUACUGAAACUUUUCAUUUGCUGCUAUGGUAUCUGUUUUCCUUGUUGCAAUCGGUCUAUCUUGAAUUUCAUACUUUGUUCUCUUGAUUUCAGUAUCAUCCUGAUGUUAACAAGGAGCCAGGGGCAACUGAGAAAUUUAAGGAGAUUAGUGCAGCAUAUGAGGUAUGCAUAACCAUUCUGGCCUAACAUCUCUAUUUUUAGCUGUGUAGCUUUAUGGCAACUGGGUAGGCUGUCUGUAUAGAAUCUAUCUCUCCUAGUGCUUAACUGUGGGCUCAAUGCAGCGUGUUCUGUUCAUUGAUGGGGCUGGGCAUUGCUCUUAUGUUCAUUUUCUACUUUUGUACAACCAUUCGUUCUUUUGUCUAUUUUUUGGGACCUCACUGCGUUUGGCCUACUUUUCCUUCAUUGAGUUUUCUGGUAAAGUUUCUGAAACUUAAAUUUCAUCGUUACCAGAUUGUGUCAGGACGAUCUUGCCUUCAGUCCCAUUUUUUAUAAUAUAGGUCGUAACUUGUAAGUAUGAUUAGUUAUUGAAGAAAGAGAUGCAACUGUGACUCUGAUGGUCUCCAAUAAAAAUCAUGUUGCCUAGUUAUAAUUUCAAAUAAACUCUGGACUUCUGGGGGUGCAAUGCUCUCUGGGAAAGUCUUCUUGGUAGGUUGUAGUGUUGUGCCUUAUUUCGCUUGAAUGGACAAGUAACACUGGUUAUGCAAAGCCUAGCUAGUAAUUUUCUCUUGUUGCACUCAGCAUUAUUUCUGAUCUCUGUAUUCUCAGUGUGCAUUUUAAUCUACUUGGGAUUUUGUAUUUAUGGGGAAUUCUUUUAAUUUCUGAAGUGCAACACUGUCAGGUGCUAUCAGAUGAUAAAAUGAGGGCCAGAUAUGAUCAGUUUGGUGAAGCUGGAGUGAAGAGUACAGUUGGUGGCCAGUCAGAUGCAUAUACGGUAGUGGCUAUUUGAUAACCUCUGCUCUGAUGCUUCCAUGUUAAUGUUGGUGCAAAUGUUGGCAUUAAGGGGGCAAUGCAAAUAGAAUCGCCAUUUAUGUUCUUCUUGUUGGAUCUAGUAGCCAGGGUUGGUGUAAAUAUUCGCCAUUGGCCAUUAUGGACUUAGCAACUCUUUUGUUGUUGUUAUUGAUUUGCAGCUCUAUAUGUAAAUAAAUAUAUAAAUAGACACUGGUGUGUUUUCUUUCCAGGUUUUAUAAUUUGAACAAAAUAUUUUCUUUCUGCAGGUUAAUCCUUUUGAUCUCUUUGAGACGUUCUUUGGGCCGAAUAUGGGUGGCUUUUCUAGUAUGGACCAAACCGGCUUCAGGACAAAACGUCGCAGUACAGUAAUUAAGGGUGAAGAUAUAAGGUGCGUUAGUCGUUUAGAAAUAUGAGUUAGCCUGCCAUCUUAAAGUUUUGCAAGUUUUUUUCGUUUGUUUUUUUUUUCCUUCAAUAUUUUUUAAUAAUGUUACAUUGUUUUGGCUUACUGAAGCAGUUAUUUUGUCUGUAUGUAUCCAAUUCCGUAGUUUACUAUGUGCACUUAUGGUGCUAUGCUUCUCUCACUGUGAUUGAAGCGUCACUAUUUGUGCAUAUUUGGUUACUGUUACAAUAGACAAAUAAAAAGUUUCCGUAAGUGUUAUAGAUAUUGUUGCAAGUGAAGAAGUUAUUGAAGAACAAGCACAUGAUUGGAGGUAUUUUUUGUUCUGAACAAGGCCUUUUCACAACAUUAUCCAUUUACAAAACAUGGUAAAUGGGUACAAUUGCCUCUGCUCCUGGCUAACAGCGGAUUUGUAUGGAUCUGAGCAAUAGUGCAUGGUUCAUUGGAGCAUACGCUGUUCCUGACCUAAAUAAGUUGGUACUGGAAAAUACUUCUUUAUUUAUUUGCAUCUGAUGGUUCCACUGGCUGCGAAAUGAUAAGUGCUCUUUUGACACCUGAAGUGCUACAGAAUCACCAUUGGUUUCUUACUCUGUCUCCAUUUUAAUUUUGCUUCAGGUAUGACAUUGCUUUAGAAUUUUCCGAGGCUAUCUUUGGAGCUGAGAAAGAAUUUGAGCUAUCUCAUCUGGAAACAUGUGAAGCUUGUACUGGCACAGGAGCCAAAGUAGGGUCCAAGAUGAGGGUCUGCUCAACUUGUGGUGGAAGAGGUCAAGUUAUGAAAACUGAACAAACCCCCUUUGGCAUGUUCUCACAGGUAACAAGACACUUUCCCCUUUCUGUACUCUUUAAGUGCUGUUAGUGCCUACUAAUUUCUUCGUGAUUGAUGAAACAUUAGGUUUCUGUCUGUCCUAACUGUGGUGGGGAAGGUGAGGUCAUCUCUGAAUAUUGUCGAAAAUGCUCCGGAGAAGGGCGUAUACGUACUAAGAAAGGUAUCAAGGUUAAAGUACCUCCUGGAGUUGCCUCGGGUAGUAUUCUCAGAGUUGUUGGAGAAGGAGAUGCUGGACCUAGAGGGUAUGUCUAUACAUCUUGAAUAUUGUAAGCGAUUAUCUUUUUCUUUCUGGUAUUCAGUAAAUAUUGGCCUCUUGUUGACUUGGAUGAAGAUAAUACGUCUUGAUUUGUUAUCUGUAUCUGCUCUUAAGUUAUUAAAUGUCCACUUUGCACUUAUAAUGUCAUAGUAGAGACACUGUAACGUUGAUGAUGUCUGCAGAUUUACUUGAACUCUUAGAUUCACAAAACGGAUCAGCAUAAUGAAAACAUGAUUCAUAAAAAGCCAAGGAAAUAGCCUAACUGACCGACCAAAGAAUUGUACUUAAUGCAUAAUUCAGAUUGGAGUUAACUGGAAUGCAAAUUUGAGUUACGUCUCUCUGCCUACUUAUUUCUAUGUCUACUGUCAUCAACAUCUCAUUGCCUACUUAUUCCUAGUCUAUGUCUACCAUCCGCAACAUCUCAUUUAAGAUAUUGAUAUUUUUCUGAGAUACUAUAAACUUCUGUAACUUGUUAUUGCUAACGAGUCAUCCUGAUGUGCCCUUUGAUUAUGAUAAAUAGAUGCCUCUUGCAAGGAGCAAAUGAUCUUAGUAUCCGUGCUUAAGCAAUAACACUGGCCCUGAUUUUAAGAAGCCAACAUUAUUGCAAUCCCACAUCAGAGAGUUCUAUCACUCUCAUAGAGUAAACAUUUCUAAUGCAGGCCUGAGUUAUGAGUUUAGGUACACGAUAAUGAGUUUCAAUUGAAGUUAACCCUUGGGCUUAUGUGAUGGUUUAAAAGAUAUGAGCAUGUGGUAAAUUCUUAGAGGCAGCUACAUGAAAUUUUGAUGAGGUUCAUCCUUUUCCUGAAGAACAUACAAAGCUGUUUACAUAUGAUGUCUGAUGAUCAAUGCCACUUCAUUGAAGCUUUUGAAACAUUGUACAUAGGAUGGUUAUGAGAACAUUGAAUGUAUUUAUUUCUGAUCCGAAAUGAAGAGAAUACUGUAGUCAUUUGAGUGCACUACGUAUUGCUGGAGUUUAUAUUUCUUACACUGAUCCAAAUUGAUUAUUAAUUUGUCCUAUGCAGUGGCCCCCCAGGAGAUCUAUAUGUAUAUCUCAAUGUUGAAGAGAUAACUGGAAUUCAAAGAGAUGGCAUAACUCUGAGAUCAACUAUAUCUAUCAGCUAUGUUGAUGCGAUUCUUGGAACUGUUGUCAAGGUCAGGCUCUUUCUUCAGCAGUUUUGCUGCUUCUUGGUUUCUUCUAAAUUCUUGAUUCUUCUUUUUGGGAAGUCAUAUUCAUACUAUUUUUGGCAAAAAAAAAAAAAAAUAUAUAGGUGUGCAGGUUGGGUUUUCCAUCAUUUACAGAAGUUCAGAGAAAAUUUUUAAUUGAUAAAAUAUAAUGGGAGGUUCAGACUUAGCAUGGCUGAUGAUGUUUUGCCUUCUUUAGUGUCAUUCAAGUUGAAAUAUUUUCUAAUGUUGUUUAGAUUCAUUUGUUUUUAGUGGAACCAAAGUUGUAUCUUGCAUAAGUUAGAACGAUUGUAUGGCAAUGUGAACAGGUGAAUACAGUGGAUGGAGAAAGUGAAUUGAAAAUUCCUGCUGGUACUCAACCUGGGGAUGUAUUAGUCCUGUCCAAGAAAGGUGCACCAAAAUUGAAUAAACCAUCUAUACGUGGCGAUCACUUGUUUACAGUUAAAGUCACCAUACCAAAAAGAAUAAGGUACGAAUCCGUCUUCGACAUUUUCUUUCGAAAUCUUUUUCUCAUUAUAUUUUUUUUUAUGCUAUCAGAAACUCAAAGUAUUAAUAUCUUGGCUGGCUUGCGUUUGUAGUGGGCAAGAGCGUGAAUUACUUGAGGAACUAGCUUCUCUGAGCAAUACUAGUGCAGCUAGAUCAUCAACCAGGCCCAAACCUCAGAUUUCCAGUAAGCUGCUGUUACUCAGUGGAUGAUAUGUUAUCCUUUUUCCAGAUAAUACUGUUUCUCAUGUUCAACCUAUCCCAGCUCUCUAGAAAUCGAGUCAGUAGGCAUACCCUCGUAUGAUAAGAGAAGGAAUUUUUGGUUAAAUCAUGAUGCAAUGACAUUUGCAUUCAAGUACCCAGUACCAAUCCUAGAGAAUCAUGCAAUAUAAUGGUAAUUAUGUUCUUGAUGCAACAGAAAAUGACGACGGAACAGUGGCAGGAACAACUGAGGAAGGAGGAGAGCAAAGUGACGUUUGGAAGCAGUUAAAAGAUUUAGCAGGGUAAAUGCUCAUUUUUGUUUCCUUCCCCUUUUGUUCAGGACCUUUGAUUGCUUGUGUUUUAUUUUUACUGGCCAUAGCAAAAUUCUCGGAAAGACUGUCGGGCGACGUCAUGGAAUCUGUUAUCGUUUUGCAGGGCUGCUGUCAAUGGCGCUAUGAAAUGGCUGAAGGACAACCUGUAGGAACAACUUCUUCCAUCACUUGGGGCAUUCCGGCUAUUUUUUUCCCCAUUUCUAGCUAGCAUUACAUUUUAGAAUGAGCCCUUGGAUGGAGGAUUUGGUGGUUAACUUGGCAGCAAGUGUGCUUAGAAUUGAGAUAGCAGAACUGAGAAUCCAAAUCCUAUAUAAGAAAAAAAAAAUUCUUUUGUCUGUUACUAUUUUCUUUUCUUUCUGUGCUCUUGUAAUUCGGUUUCUGCUCAUUUCGUGGCAUUAUACUUUAUACGAUGUCAAUACUGCUAAACAUUACUGCUCAUUGAUGCGUUGCCAUAGUGACAAGAUUUACAAUUUUUUGCCCUCUCUAUUUGGUAAUUGAUGGCUCCCAAAACAAUUCUGCAAAACACGUUCGUUUGUUAAUUUAAUGUAUUUAUAAUCCGAGGAUAAUUAGGUUUAUCUCCCUCCAAUUCAAUUCAUGAGCUUGGUUCACACAAGUAACAGUGGUUGCUCGACCAAAAUGCGGGUUUUGGAUAUUUUGGUAAAAAUGAAAAAUAAAAUAAAAGGAGAAACAAAAUAUCUGCGAUAGUUAUCGCUCGUGGAAGUUGGAAUAGCAGACGGAGGCAGCUGCUGGUUAAUUCCGAAAAAUGACGACACUCGCAACUCCAGCUUGCCUUGCGUUAUCCGUAGUAGUGGGAGCGAGAACCAGCGGCCGCCGCAGCCAGGAAAUCAAGGUUGGUUUUCCACUACGGCGAUCAGGGACGUCACCCCGUCGAUUACUAAUGCUCUGCCGCCGUGGUGGUGGUGGUGAACCUGAAGCCACCAACGAUUCUGCUUCUGGUUCGUCGAAGAUGGAAAGGCAGGAGGUGGACGGCGGCGAUGAUUUGGGGUAUCUGCUGAAACUUGGAGCAGGUACUUUCGCCGGAGCAGCUGCAAUCAAAUACGGAAGCGUGGUGUUCCCGGAGAUUACAAGGCCCAACCUCACUCAAGCUUUGCUUAUGAUCUCACUUCCAGUCGUCGUAGCCAGUCUCCUGCUUUUCAUCAAUCAAAACCCCUCCGACGACAACUGACUAAUUCCGACGGAAGCAAUGCUGCGGUGUAAACUUUGUAACUUCAUGAGAUAUAAAUAAAAUGUCGAUUUUGAA